AUGGCUCCGGGACCCUCUGCCGGAGCCCAAUCUGGGUCAGAUAACCGGAAACGAAAGGCCGACACCCCAGCUUCAAAUGGUCGUGGGGACAACUUCGCCCAGAAGCGCUCUGUCGUCUUUACGGCGCGCAGUAUUCCUGCGCAACCCGCCGAGGCCGCGCUCAAAGAUGGCGAGCUCGAUCUCCAGGCCUUUGUGGCUGCCCAUGAGUUCGAAAUCCGCGCUCUCGAACAGAGCAUGGCAACUUCAAAAGUCGUCGGUAGCAGUCGUGCCUUUCAGAAGGUGCCCAGAGGCUUGCGCCGUCGCACGGCCAGUCACAAUCCCAAACGAGUACCCCGUCGAUUAAGGAAGCGUGCGCACAAAGAGAUGGCAGAGGACAAUACGCCAGUGGUAGAAGCGAGACGGAGGAAGCCCAGGACAACACGAGCUCGGAUACGAGCCGAAACUGCACGAAAGUUGGGGAUAUUAGCGGCACGGAAACGAAGAGCCAGUUUGAAGAAGAUAAAAAAAGACGGAGAUGUGAAUAUGGAAGGCGGAUUAGCGGUUGUAGGGCGAGCACCAAGGCCGAAAAUCCGACGAAACGAGCUCAACGAACCCCCGAAACCAAAGGCCAAAUUCAGAAAGCGGCAACUCAACAAGACCUGGUUACCGACCCACUCAUGGCAUGCGAAGAGAGUACGGAUGACCGACCCCUUGGAUCCAUUGUGGCGGUUCGCCAUACCAUUGACACCGAAUGAGAAGAUAUAUCGACCAACCCAUCGAGCACAGGGCGACAGAGGUGCUGUUGUAUGGGAGAUGAGCUACAUGAGUACAAUUGGGCUGUACGGCAACCGCACUGGCCUGGAACGUGUCUUGAAAAGAAUAGGUGUUGUCCAGGAAUCAUGUUGGAAUGACAAGGGAAGAAAAUGGAGGCUUGGGAGCCGGUCGUGGACGGGCAUCUUGACCCGAAAAGCCCACGGAGGACAACCAAACCACGACAGUCAACAGAUUAUUGGACCGUGUACUAUCCUAUGGAAUCCUGAGCAAUCGACAGAUGAAGCAAACCAGGACCCCAAGAAGGAACAGAGACAAGUGUUCUUGAGAAUCCAUCCAUCAGCCUUCCUUGAGCUGUUCAAUGAGUUGUUAUCACUUACAAAACAGGAGACCCCUCGACUUUACAUUGAGGAUCUUCGGUUUGAAAUCGGCAGUGUAGAUUUGACUGGACCAGGUUCAACAGAAGCUUUACUGUCCGUAUUACAUAUUUAUCCCACAAAAGAUAUGACGAAGGAGAAACACGCAGAGCUAUUUGAGGGACUGGCUGGAUUGACCAAUGCAGCGGCUCUACCUACCGGUGCUUUGCUUAGUUUCUCUGCGCAAGAUCCCCGUUUACACUACCCCCCGAAACGUCUUGUCGUCUCCGAGGAUGCGGAUUCGCAACUGCAGCUUCUAGAGAGAAUUGCGGCGUGGCCGGCCGAGGAAGGCCUUAAACCGUACCCUAUUUUCGACCGCGAGGCUCGCCAUCAGGCAUCACUUCUUCCAUCACAAAAGCAGAUCGACAGACGAAAGACUAAGAGAACCCCCGGUUCUUCGCUAAAGCCCACUGCAGCAGACCCUCCUAUCCCGAUUACUCUUCUCACCUCGCGCACGGGGACCGGCACUCAGACGCAAGGCACAUGGACUCUGCUAGCCCCCUGGAAGUGUAUACAGCAUAUUUGGUACUGCUUAGUGCACUAUCCUCUUUCAUCGGGUGGCAAUCCUCGCUUCGCGGGGCUAAAUGAGAUCCGCCAGGUCGCGUUCGAGAGGGGCCAACUCUGGUUCCCAGGAGACUAUCCCGGAACUCGAGCUGGUGCUGAAUGGGAGCUUGAGGAGCGCAGAAAGCGAAAAUCAGCAUGGGAGAAACGUCCAAAGAGCAAGAGAACUGCUUGGGAGUCCCUUGAUCUGGGUGGAGGGAGGAAGGGCGAGGUGGGAGAUGGUUUCGCCAGUGAUUUCGAGCUAUUGUUCACUUCUGCAAGCACACAAGAAAGCGAGGAACCUCAAGCCGAUGCUAUGGACGUGGACAAUGACGAGACGGCAGAAUCAGCGCAAGCAGAGAAGCAGAGAAAGGAACCACCCUUAUACCAGUUGCACCAAGUCACAAGAGACUUCUUCAACCGAUCCAUUACCUCUUCUUCUACUCCGCCUACAAUACCCGCAAACGCCAUUCUAGGUGUUCGCAUCUCUUUGAUCUCUCGAGGCGUAGUCACAUCAUGCGCUCGCAUCUACCGUCUUCCCUCUCGUCCUACUACAGCUCCGCAAUCCUCCGAAGCAGAAGUCCCAGCUACCAUUCCCCCAACCUCAUCAUCUUUGUCCUCCUCUCUCCCACAUGAUCUCCGUUCCCAAUGGCUCGCCCAAGCCCCGUCGCCCAUCACAGCCAAGAGCAAGUCAUCAAAUACUUCAAGGCCACGCGAUCUAGAUUCACUGAAGCGUCAGCUUGCUGCUGAGCUUAUUUCCAAACCCGCACCAUAUCCUCCUGCGCCGGCGAACAAGUCAGACAUGAACGGGCACCCACUUGUUCCCAUUGCCGAAGACCUCAUUGGGUUUGUCACCACAGGGUCUUUCAGUCUCAGUGAAGGACAUGGAAUGGCCAUUGGCUCGAUUGCUGUUGAGAAGGUCCUAGACGACGUUAAGAAGUAUUCAAAGGAAGGAAGAUAUUGUAUUGUUCGCAACGCGGGCGAAAGUGUUGGGUGGCUUGCAAAAUGGGAAGCGGCUUGA